AUGAGUAACAGUUCUGGAGUGGACGAGGCGCAGUACAUGUCCAAGGAAGAGCGUGUGAUUUUCGCUAUCUUCGUAAUUUUUCCAUGUGUGGUGUGUUUGUUUGUGAAUGGCCUGUUGUUGUGGACUCUGCUCUCUAAGGCGAUCUUGAGGGAGACCCCUCGAUACUGUCUCCUGUUUAACCUGCUGUUGUCCGACACACUGCACAUGUCCCUCAGUCAGAUGCUUUACAUGUUGGCUACCAGUCGCACCCAUCUGUAUUUUCCUGUGUGUGCCCUCCUUACACUCAUUACUGAUGUGUCCAAUGAGGUGUCACCACUCACCGUGGUGGCCAUGUCUCUGGAGCGAUACGUGGCAGUGUGCUUUCCGCUUCACCACGCGACUCUGCUCGGUGGGCGCAGGGCCUCAGUGGUUGCGGUGCUGCUUUGGGCCCUGUGCCUCCUAAACUUAGUGGUACGAGUGGGGCUCUUGAUGCAGUUUCCCUUCCACACACUGGACACUCUGAUGAUGAAUGAUUACUGCAGCAGUCUGGUUAUCAGAAUCGCGCCUCUGUCCACAGCCUAUGACCAAGGCUACAGUGCCUUCCUGUUCGUCUCCUCUGCAGUGGUCAUCUUGUGGUCUUAUGUGAUGGUGAUGAUGGCAGCACGCAGAUGUGCCUCUGAGAAGAGUGUGAAAGCACGAAACACGCUUCUCCUGCACCUGUUUCAGCUGGUGCUCAGCCUGUCAGCCACGAUCUACCUGCCUCUGCUGGUGGGCCUGGCCCGGCUCAUGGCCCUGCCUCGGCUCACGUAUGUGCGGAUCCAGAAUGUCCUCUAUGUGCUCCUCAUGACACUGCCCCGUGCCCUGAGUGUGCUCAUCUAUGGCAUCAAAGACCAGACCAUGAAGUCCACAAUGCUCGCAAUUAUUUUCUGCAAAAAACAAUAA